AUGUCAGAACAACACAGAGACACUUCUGUGUUUGGUGACGAGGACAACAGUCCCUUCCCCCACCAACUGGGGCUCGCCAGCCUUAUCCAGUCCCAGGGGCCCGAUAAGAAGAUGUCCAACUCCUCGAAGGAUAAUGUUGACAACGAGUUGGAUGCUGAUCAAAACGAUAAGGAUAUUGACGAUGAGUCGAUGUUGCUUUACAGAAGCGACAGAGAGCAGUUCAACACCGUGCACAUCAACUACGAGAGCAGGGUGACGAAGCUCCUUGGUCCUGAGAGUAACGCCAAAAUCGUGAUAAGCGAGACAGGCAAAUCCAAUGAGGGAAUGGCUGAUCUGCUGAAGAAAUACGUGGUGUACACCAUCAAGCUUGUCAACCAGGAUAACUCCAAGGAAGAGAUUCAAACUAGGAGGCGGUACUCGGACUUUGAAAGCUUGCGUGACGUUUUGACUCGCGUAUACCCACUUCUUCUCAUUCCUCCCAUUCCUCCUAAGAACUAUUUUUCGUUCAAUGUUUUCAAUGGCCUCGUGAGCAACGUCAACGGCGGCAACUCUCAUACUAGCCACCAGCCAGGGAGCCCUUCCGACUCUCCCACAGAGUCGAACCAGGGUACUUCUUACACGUACAUCAAUUCCAAACACUUGAACAAGAACAAGCUCGUUGAGCACCGCAAACGUCUUCUUUCCAACUUUUUGAACAACUGCUUACAAAUUCCUCAGGUCAGGAACCUCGAGUUUUUUGCUAAAUUUUUGGAUCCUUCGGCAAAUUGGUCUGAUGAGAUAGAGUUGAUCUCUAGUCAGCUACCGAAGUCGAUAUACCAACUGAACCCCGAGAACGGCCUUAAGACAGAUGAAAUCUACGCCAGCUUACCCUUACCGCCUACGCAACAUGGCUUGACGUACCAACUACUAAAACCUUUGAAGAGCAAAAAGAAAUUCAUCACCCAAACAACUAGCCGAUUUUUGAAUAGUGGAAACAGUAACCCUGAAACCACUGAAGAAACGACUCUGAAUAGGAGCUCGAACGAGACGGAAGCAACCUAUGAAAAUCAUGACCUAAAGCUGAUCAAAUUUAAGACAUCAAGCUUGGACAACAUCAACAAGAAGAUCAUGGAGAGCUUCAUCGGCCUAUCGAACGACUAUGUGGAGCUUGGCAGUGCUCUUAAUUCCUUUUCCUUGAUGCUUGCAGACUCGCUGAAGGAUCGGGCAGGCAAAAAUAUCGACGAAGACGACGUAAAGCUCGAUUUGAUUGCAGAUAAAAUUGGCGUUGCGUUUGAUAGGUCCUACAUUGCUAUCAAUGCGCUUGUGAGUGAACUGGAAACCAAGUUCUCGGAACCAUUGGGCGAGGCAGUUCAAUACGAUGCAAUACUCGGCUCGGUGAACAAAUUUCAAGCACGCAAAUCCAAACAGAGAGAUGUUAUUGACCAGGAGCUAUACGAGAAGAGGAAAGAGCUCACAGAGCUACAAAAGAAUAGCCAUAUUAAUGGUGAAAACGGCAGUAUACCAAGACCAGUUAGUUCGAACGAUGCGGACCAAGCGAACAACAUCAGGAGUGAUGCGUCCAAAGCUGAGAAACUGGCUAUGUUUCUAGGAAUGGGAUCGCUCAAAAGAAUUACCAAGUAUGUGAGUGACAUCAUCGAUCAGAAUCCGGAAGAAACUAAAAGAAACCGCAUUGCCUAUUUACAAAAGAAAAUCACAACUCUUGAGAAAUGUCAGACCAUCAUGCUUCAAGACAUCUCUUUCAUUGCCAAUGAGUUGGAGCUGAAUACUAAGAUGUUCAAGAAUAGAGAACUUAAAACAAUCUUCCAGAUCUUGCUCAACUACAACAGCAUACUCAUGUCGUGGGCUAAGAAAACAUUGUAUAUCUGGGAGGAAAUAAAAGAAGAGAUUGAGGCUCUAUAG